UUGAAAGCUGUCAUCACUGCUGCGAAGGCGACACAAACGCGUCGAAUAAGACCACCCUUCCCGUGCAAUGUGCCCGGCUGACGGUACGUCCGCGGCAGGUCCGACGUGAUCUCAGCUGAGCGACUCGCAGCACAAGUGCCCAGUAUUGGAGGGUUCACCAUGUUUGCCGGUCAGCCCAAGUCUGCGACCAAGGAGCAGUUCCUGGAGCAGGCUAAGGCAGCACGUAUCGAGCGGGCUCAGGAGCGCCGGCGCGACCAGGCAGCAUCUGUUAUCCAGGCAGUCAUCAGGGGUUUUCUACUCCGGCAGCGGCUUCGGAAGGAAUUUCGGCGGGAAUUCGACUCCGUCCUCAGAGAUGGCGAAGGGGAAGAUCCCGACGCGCCUGUCGCCACCUCAGCCCUGGAUGUCUUCCUUGCUUCCAGAAAGUUCCUCUUUACAUUCCACCCCAAGGUCGACAAGGAGCGGUUUGAAAGGUUAUGCCGGUACAUCAUUGCCAGCAUGGAUGCUGACACAUUACAGGAAAGCUACGUGUCGGUAGCGUUGAACAAGGAACACACAGUGCUGUGGAUCCAGCAGCUCAAGGGCAUAUUGGGCAACUGCUGUGGCUACCUCAAGGAAGUCCGGCCGGAGUGCCCCCAGGACGCCAAGUCCCUGAUGUUACACCUGCACGUGCUCGUCACCUUCACGAGCACGUCAUCCUGGAAGGUGCUCAAGGACAAGACGUAUGAGCCCCUGCGGCCUGUGUUGAGCCAGUUGUGUGCCAGCGUGGGCUCCCACCUGAUGGGCAAGGGCAGCCUGUAUGGAGCCCUGCAGGCCCUGCUGCUCAGAGGCCUGGCCAGGGCCAAGCCCAGCCUCAAGAGGGCACCACUCGUGGCCACCAUCAACCUGGCACUUAGGCCGCUACUAAUAGGGCAGUUCUCGGAAGACCUGAUGAACUUGUUCCUGUUGCACAUACUCUCUGUGCCUGCACUUGUACACCACUUGCUGAACAUAGCACCAGAGGCGGUGACGCUGCUGAAUUCCCACGGCCUGUUCCGCCGGAGCUUGGACAUCCUGGUGGUGGAGCAGAACAUGCGGAUCCUCUUCAACGCCCUGGAGGGGAACUACGCCCUCUGCCUGCUGGCAAAUCUCGUGCACCUUGCCUACCUCAACAUUGAGAACCUGAAUUCAAGGCUGCUCGACUUUGUGCAUGUGUCCACCAAGCUGCUGGAGAGUUGCCAAAAGUACGUGGUGAACAAGCGCUCCAACCUGACCCACUGGCACCCUAUCCUGGGCUGGUUUGCCCAGAGCAUCGACCAUGGCCUGCACGAGUCCCUGACCUUUGUGAAGCAGCAGCUGCAACUGCUCUGGUGUGGCCCCCUGGUCAAGGUCCUGUUCAGCCCGCUGGCCGAGAUGCUGGCGCAGAACGACAAUUCCAAUUCCUCCUCGAGCGAAGCACCGACGUCACAGAGUCCUCAGCCCGAUGUGCCUGCCAGUGUCCUCAGCUCUCCUGCCAGUGCCAGUGCCUCCAGCCUGCUGAAGAAGGCCCUGGAGCGGGCAUCGUCGGGACGGACUUGCAGUGUGCAGUACCGACGGCUGGGAAGCCCUGAGGUCACUGCGGUAGCCCUGACCUGCGCCCUCUUUGAGACUGCCCUUGCCAGUCUCACUCAACUGCGCCUGGACAUACUGACCGGGCUCUGUCACCACGAGUGGGUGCUGUGCCAGCUGUGGCAGCUGAUCCGCAGCGUUGGACCAGCCAGCGGUGUGCGUGCCUUCCUCGACCUGCUCGCCUUCACCACCAAGCCCAGUGGGCCCGAGUUCCGGUUGCUCGUGCUCUUCUGCGACUGUGCCACUCACCUGGUCACCAUUCUGGACGACCUGGAGUUGUACGAGCAGCAGCGACCUUUCACCCUGGACGACCUCGUGGCCAUCUCGGCGUUCCUCAACACGUUUGUCUUCCGCCUCGUCUGGAAUGGACUCAUUGAUUUGAAGACUGUGAACACAAACCAGCUAUUCUGCUCGUGUCACACGCUACUGAUGGUGCUGUACAAGCGCGACUGUCGGCGCAGUUAUACUCCGCCGGAUCACUGGCUUAUCAAGGACGUGAAGGUGAGCACGUUCAUGAGCGACCUCGAGAAGGGCAAGAAGGCAGCGCAGGUCCUGCUGCAGAAGGUGCCCCACAUCAUUCCACACAAAGAGAGGGUGGUCCUGUUCCGAAAAUACGUGACCAACGAGAAGACGGUGUUGGGCCUCACUGAGUCUGCCUGUGCGCUGUCCCAGUCCACGCUCAUCACCGUGCACAGAACGCGCAUCGUCGAGGAUGGCUAUCAGCAGCUGGCCAUGCUCCCUACACAAGGUCUCAAAGGUGUCAUCAGAGUGCGCUUCAUCAAUGAGCAGGGACUAGACGAAGCAGGCAUUGACCAGGAUGGUGUCUUCAAAGAGUUUCUGGAGGAGACGAUCAAGAGGGUUUUCGACCCCUCCCUCAAUUUGUUCAGGGCCACCUCCGAGCAGCGGCUCUACCCUUCGCCGACCUCGUACAUUCACGAAAAUCACCUGUCCCUGUUCGAGUUUGUGGGCAAGAUGCUCGGAAAGGCCGUCUACGAGGGCAUAGUGGUGGACGUUCCAUUUGCGUCCUUCUUCCUGAGCCAACUGCUGGGCCACCAGCACAGUGCCCUGUACAGCUCCAUCGACGAGCUGCCCUCACUCGACGCAGACCUCUACCGGAGCCUUACCUGCGUCAAGCACUACGAAGGGGACGUGCAGGACCUCGACCUGACCUUCUCUCUCAAUGAGGACUGUAUGGGCAAGCUGGUCACCCACGAGUUGGUACCAGGCGGCAAGGCCAUACCGGUCACAAACGAGAACAAGAUCAGCUACAUGCACCUGAUGGCCCACUUCCGGAUGCACUCCCAGAUCCAGGAGCAGACGGCGGCAUUUCUGCGUGGCUUCCGAGCCCUGGUGAAUCCCGAGUGGCUCACGAUGUUCUCGACGCCCGAGCUGCAGCGGCUCAUAGCGGGCGACAACACCCCCGUCGACCUGCAGGACCUCAGGAGGCACACCAAGUACUUCGGGGGUUUCCAUAACAACCACCGGUUGGUCAACUGGCUCUGGGACAUCCUUGAGCGUGACUUCACGUCCGAGGAACACCACCUCUUUCUUAAGUUUGUGACAAGCUGCUCAAAGCCUCCCCUUCUGGGCUUUGCCCACUUGGAGCCACCAUUCUCCAUUCGAUGCGUCGAGGUCAGCGAUGAUCAGGACACUGGCGACACAAUUGGGAGCGUGAUCCGAGGCUUCUUCACCAUUCGCAAGAAGGACCCCGUGAACCGACUCCCGACUUCCUCGACCUGCUUCAACUUGCUCAAGCUGCCCAACUACCAGCGCAAGAGCACACUUCGAGACAAGCUUCGCUACGCCAUCACCAGCAACACGGGCUUUGAGCUCUCCUGAGAAGCCCCCUUCGGCCCCCUUGUGUUUCUUCCGUCACUCUUCACGCACUGUACGCCAUCCACCAGGUCUGUUUAUUCCGGGUGCUUCACUCGGGAGCAGCACCCCACUCGUCCUGUGAUGUUGACAACUCCCGUUUGGGUGUGUUUAUAG